AUGCCGCCCGGCCCGGCGCGUGGGCCGUCCGAUCCGUCCCCAGUAGCGGCCCGACUCGUCGUCGGACGGGUCAAAAGCCCCAAAAGUGCCUUCUGCCUCGUGCCCCCGUUGGGGGCGGCCGUUGGCUUCUGCCGCACACCACCCCGCCCCGCCGCGCACGUAUAAUUUGGCUUCCACGCGUGCCGCUGCUUGAGGCUGCUGCUCACCGGCCGCGCAGAGCGGACCACUGGACGUGGACGGAGCGAUGCGACCGUGGCCGCCGCGCGGCGCGGGAGCGGAGGGAGGAGGAGAGGAGGCGGGCUCUUUGAGCACUGACGGAAACACCAGCAGCGCGAAUGCGAGCACGAGCUCGAGCACCGCUGCUAGCAGCGGCGCGAGGCGGAGCGGGGACGGGGGCGCGGCGGAGGGGCGGGGGAGCACCCCAAGGUCGGCGGCCACCAUCAACCUCAGCCAGGAGUACAGGCUCGCCAUCCACACCGAGUCCUACCAGGAGAUCUGGAGUAAGAUCCACGUAGACGGUGACGGGCGACGGGAGGAGGGCGGCGGUGAGGAGGAGGAGGAGGAGAAAGAGGAGGAGGCGGAAGGGGAGGAGGUGGAGAACAGGAUCACCCUGGCCGGCGUGCUCCGUCCGGAGGAAGCGGAGGUGGAGCGCGCGCUCGGGGACGCGCCCGACACGGAGCUCACCCGCCUCGCGGCGGACUACUUCCGCAGCACGCACCACGCGUCGCUGCUCUGCCUCUCGCUCCGCCGGGCGCUCCGCCGCGCGCGGGCGCUCUACGGGCCCAUCACGGACCUCCUCGCGCUCAUCCCGCACUCGCCGCAGCUCGCCGUGGCGCACUGCGACUGCGCGUUCGACGCCUUCCUCCUGUUCGACCAAAUGCCCAACCCGUUCCCGGCGCCCGCGGCCGGGUUCCAGGGCAUGCACCAGAGCUUCGCUGGCCUCAAGGAACACCUCGACCUUCGCCUCCUCAGUGUCCGACGCAGGCGCCGUUGGCUCCGCUGCGCCAAGCGCGGGUCAGGUAUCUGCCUCAUUGCCUGCGCCACCGGCGCUGCCAUCGCGGGCCUCGUGCUUGCAACACACGCCAUCACCGCGCUGUUGGCGACGGCCCCUGCCUGUGCUGCAUCCAGUUCCUCCUGCUGCCCACUGGCUGCUUCGAUGAAACGCCUGCAGAAGCACAUGGACCGGCUGGACGCCACCGCCAGGGGCACCUACGUCUUGAACAAUGACGUCGCCACGAUUGAGCGGCUGGUGGGCAGGCUCCAUGCCACUGUGGAGAGCGACAAGAUGCUUGUCCGCCUUGGGCUGGAGCGUGGGAGGGGGCAGCAUCACACCAUAGAGGAGGUGGUGCGGCAGCUCAGGAAGAACCAUCCCAGCCUGCUACGACAGCUUGCUGACCUUGAGGAGCACAUCUGCCUCUACUUUGCAGCUGUCAACCGUGCCAGGUUACUCCUUGUGCGCCACCUGAAUGCCCAAUCUGAUCCUGACGCUGAGUCUCCAGUGUCAUGACUCGAGUUUAUGAGUCUAAAAUAAUACACGAUUUCAAGAAUAACUAUGUCUCAAGACCUCAUAUAGCGCCACCAUGAUUAUCAUGAGUUUAUUACUUUAUUACUCUACAAGGAUACCUGCCUUAAAGAAUUAGUUGAUGUCUUGACCUCAUCUAUCACACCAGAAUGAUUACUGUAGCAUUGUAACAAUGCUAUGCCUGAAUAAACUCAGAGUAUUCACUGAUUCCUAAGAACCGGAUAUCUGGACAGCUGCUUGCAUAUAUCAGCAUAGCACUUAUGUUGCAAGCAAUGUGUUGCUUGUACUAUUCAGAGGUGCCAUCAAAAUACUUAUAACUUUGCAUCGCCAUUAUAUCUGUAUUGAGGUUUUGAAACUUGAAAGUGCUUGCAGUAUUUUUCUAAUGCUCUUUUGUAAGACUAUCUUGCAGUAUUGAUAUUGGGUGCCAAGUUUAGUUUAGAAAUUCCAUGUUGCUUAGUUGAUAACGAAUUUUGCAAGGAUAAUGCUUGCAAAAAUUGUUUCAUUUUUAAGUAUAUAGGUUAAUCAAGAGGCAUUGAUCAAUGUGCUUGGUUUGAAAGCAUGUUCUUGCUUGCAGGGAAAAACAAAUUAUGAUUUGUCAAUCUUCAGUGAUAGUUUUUCCUUUUUCAAAUUUAAAUUCUUUUGUUGUGUCCUUUAUUUCUACCAGGCACUUGGUUCUACGCUUCACAAGUUGUUGAGUUCAUAUCUAUAGUUUUCUUUGCAAUCUCAUGGAUUUUGUUCUUACCUAUACAAGGAAUGGUCCUGAAAAUACUACUGUACAGUUUGCAUUGAAUAUGACCUUUGGUGGAAACAUUUGGUUAGGUGCAGAGUUUUGUUACACGAUGAUAGUAGCUGGCAUUCUAAGUAAAUCAUUGUAUUUGCCUGCUUGUACAUUCUAAAUGAUGCUUAGAACUUCCUAUGUUUUGGACCUUGAAUUGUCAAAUUCUAUUGCGUAGAGAAGCUUGAUGGCUUGUUUUUCUUGUGUUCCAAACAUUGAUGGUGUGGUGAUUCUUUCUGAGGACAAGUAAGGGGAAAACCUUGCAAUUGCAACUUAGAAUCUGAUGUUGCCGAAGCAACUAUCUGCAGUGAGUAGGCUGAUAUGGUUAUGGCCUCCUGGGACCUGACAGUUCAGUUUGAACAUGACUAUUAUCCAACUCUACAUAUACAGAGUUCAAUUCGUAUGAGUUUCCAUCUCCGCAGGUACAUUUGAUCAUAUCUCUUAUUCAACACCCAAAGAUAGAUUUUGAUCUGCACUUCAUCAGAAGUUUAUUAUUCACUAGGUACUUCCAAAUAUUACAGCCAAUACGGUUUGCUACACCUUUCGUUUCAAAAUAUUAUGCAAUUUUCCUGUAAAGUUGGAAGAAAACUAAAACACCUUAUAUUUUGGAACAAGGGAGUACAUUUGAAUGCUCUUUUGAUAUUUGUGCUACCCUGUACUGUAAUCCAUCGCUUGGAGCCAGCCGAGUUACAUGAAAACUGUAUGAAAUUUAUGAGCCUGUCCGAAAUUCUCUAGCCUUCAUAGUUACUGUAUUUAACACAAUUUGGCAAAUCUUCACAUAUUGAUGUAUACACCUUGGUGUCGUAAUAUUGUGCUGCCAUAGCCGCAGUGUAUUAUUGACUUCCAGUGGUGACUGGAAAUUUGUAAUUAGCCACCUUGUUCUUUCA